CCCGCUCCCUCUGCCGGCAUUUCCUGGGCCGCCCAUGGCCGCACCGGGCCUGGGGCUCAGCCCGCCCGCAGCGCCGCGGUCCCUCCCGCCGCCGCCGCGGGGACAUUGCGGCCGCAACGGCCGGAGGCUGCGGGGCCGGUUUUGAGGCCGCUUCCCUCGGGGCCGCCGCCGCCUGCCGGUGUUUGCUGGUGCUUUGCUUCCCCCCCGCCUUUUUUUUUUUUAUUUUAUUAUAUUUUUUCCGGCUAAGUAAACGCGGUGGAUAAAGCGCCGCCGACGCGGCUCCCGGGGGCCGGGCCGGGCGGAGGAUGAGCGGGUCCUGCGGAGCGCGGAGCGCAGCCCGGUCCCCCGGGCCGACCCUCCCCGGGAAGGGUUCGCGGUGCAGAGCCCGGUCCUGCCGGCCAUGAACGGGAAAUGAUUUUACCUCCGGCAGCUGUAGCGAGGACUAGCAAAAUACGGCGGGUCCGCCGGUCAUGGAGGGAACCAGGCAAACCAGGAUUUGUCGUCCACACAAGAUAAGUGAAUCCUCAAAGGUGUACAGGUGGGAUGACCACUCUAGUCUUGUUCUUCAGAGUCUGAAUGAGCAGAGGCACCGAGGCCUCUUCUGUGACAUUGUCCUUGUGGUGGACGAACAGCGAGUCCCUGCCCAUCGGAACCUACUCGCUGUUUGCAGUGACUACUUCAACUCCAUGUUCACCAUUGGUAUGCGAGAAGCCCACCAAAAAGAGGUUGAACUUUUUGGAGCCUCUUACAUUGGUCUGAAGGCCGUGGUGGAUUUCCUGUAUGGCAGCGAGUUGUCUUUAGAUGGUGGCAACAUUGACUACGUGCUGGAAACAGCUCACCUGCUGCAGAUCUGGAAGGUGGUUGACUUCUGCUGCGAGUAUCUGGAGAACGAAGUCAGCGAGGAGAACUACCUGUACCUGCAGGAGCUCGCCUCCAUUUACAACCUGAAGCGCCUUGAUUCCUACAUCGAUUCUUUCAUCCUGCAGAACUUUGGCACUCUGUCUUUCACCCCGGACUUCCUGCAGAACGUUUCCUUGCAGAAGUUGUGCCAAUACCUGGACAGCAGCGAUGUGCAGCAGGAGUGUGAGCACGACCUGCUCCAGGCUGCCUUGCAGUGGCUCACCCAGUACCCAGAAAGGGAGAACGAGGCUUACCAAGUGCUGGAUAAUAUUCAUUUUCCCUUGAUACCUAAAAGUGAUCUUCUCCAUCGAGUCAAGCCUGCCGUCUGCUCUCUUCUUCCCAAAGAAGCCAACUGCGAGGGGUUCAUCGAGGAAGCGGUGAACUAUCACAACAACGUCACGGCUCAGCCGGUGCUGCAGAACAAGCGGACGGCGCUGCGGACCUGCGAGGAACGGCUCCUCUUUGUUGGGGGGGAGGUUUCUGAACGGUGCCUGGAACUGAGCGACGACACCUGUUUCUUGGACGUCCGAAAGGGGCAGUGGGUGGCAGAAACACCUCUCCCAGCCCGACGAAGUCACCACUGCGUCGCAGUCUUGGGAGGCUUCAUCUUCAUAGCCGGAGGCAGCUUUUCAAGAGACAAUGGAGGGGAUGCAGCUUCAAAUCUCCUAUAUAGGUAUGAUCCCCGCUGUAACCAGUGGAUAAAGGUUGCUUCUAUGAGACAACGCCGCGUAGAUUUCUACCUGGGAGCUAUUACCGACAUGCUGGUAGCUGUUGGUGGCAGGAAUGAAAAUGGGGCACUUUCUUCAGUCGAGACCUACAGUCCUCAGAAGGAUUCAUGGUCCUACAUAGCAGGCUUGCCAAGGUUUACCUAUGGCCACGCUGGAACAGUCUACAAGGAAUUUGUGUACAUUUCAGGAGGCCAUGAUUACCAAAUUGGCCCAUAUAGGAAAAACCUGCUGUGUUACGAUUACCGCACGGAUGUUUGGGAGGAGAAGAGGCCCAUGAUCACUGCCCGAGGGUGGCACAGCAUGUGCACCUUACAGGACAACAUUUACUCCAUUGGUGGCAGCGAUGACAACAUCGAAACCAUGGCUCGUUUUGACAUUCUGAGCGUGGAGUCGUACAGCCCUCAGUGUAACCAGUGGACCAGAGUUGCUCCUCUCUUGCAAGCGAACAGUGAGUCAGGGGUGGCAGUUUGGGAAGGGAAGAUUUACAUCCUCGGAGGCUACAGCUGGGAAGAAACAGUCUUCUCCAAAACAGUCCAGGUUUAUGAUAAGGAGAAAAAUAAGUGGUACAAAGGAACUGAUUUACCCAAAGCAAUUGCUGGUGUGUCUGCAUGUGUCUGUGCAUUGAAACCCAAAACUGAGGACAAGAAGAAAAAGAAGAAAACAAAAAAACAUCAAGAUCGAGGAAGAUGACUACUUCUGGAUAACCACCCUUGGAUGGUGGACUCCAACAAAACUCUGUAUUUAAUCAUUUCUAUAUCACCUUGAUUCUUUUAUUUUUAAAUGGUGGGGAAGGCAUCUUCUGAAGCCUCAAAUGUACGGUUGAAUGUGGUUUUGGAUUAAGCUCAUGUUCAAGGUAAAAACAACAAAAGAAACCAAAAAUUCCCCCUCCUACUAUAUAAAGGGUGAUACGGUGAGAGAGGUUACACUGCUCUCCGGAAUGCUGAGGCUUAGUCUUUUACUUGUGUGGUUCAUGGCAUUUCCAAAUACAUCAUAUUAUAUCGACUUUUUAAAAACAAGGUUGAAUAUGCGGCUGAGAUGAUCAUGUCAAGGGGGAGGAGGCAGUUACAGAGCGGUUCAAAGGAGUUCAGAAGCAACUGCUAAGAAAUAGUGAAAUGGAUCUUCGAUGUUGUAAAUCUUGAGUUUUUGUGAUGUUAAAUUUAACUUAGAAUACAUUCUUGAGUUGUUAGUGUCAGAUUUCUGGAACACAGGAUUGUUCAAAGAGGAUAUUGCUUUUGGUGAAUGCAGGUCAGAUCAGUUUGAAGAGCAAAUAACUCCACUGUACUCUUAGGAUUAUGAAGACCUUACUGUGUGGCUAAAGAGUAGAUGGGAUUGACUUGGGCUUGGAUCGAUACCAUGUGAGCUUCGAAAUCUGGGAAAGGCAACGGGACUUUUGCAUCCCUUGUUGUGGCACUUUUAAUACUAAACACAAUAGCAAGUUUUUCUUAGGCUUUAAAAUAUGCCUUAGAAGGAGGAAAAAAAUAUAUAUUGAAGAACUUGAGAGAAGAUUUGAGGAUGUGGGUGGAAAUUGUACAAUUUGCCUCGGGCUUUAAAGCAGAUGGAACUGAUAGGAGCUCACUGUGAGUUUGGGGUUUGCUGCAUCGGGUAGUGGUGAGGAGGGAUGGCAGGAGGGUCCUUCAGGUGAACUGGAAAUAAGAUGUUUCUCCCCAGCCCGACUGGGCUCUCACAGUGGUCACAGCUAGUAGCUGGUAUGAGCAAGAGCCCAUAUGGGACUUGUCAGCUGUCAAAAAAUUUAUUAACCCAGGAUUAUUAAUUGGGGUUCGGUAAUCCUGAAGAACAGCAACUUGUUUUUUUACCUGAGCUCAUGGCCCACGCUUUCCUUUUUUUUUUUUUUUUUCCCAAGUUCAAAAUGUCUUUUCAUAAGAGCAGCCUUUUGUGAUGAAUUUGGCAGGGACUUGAAGCCACGGCUCAUCGGGAACGCAACCGAACACCUUCCCCUGCGAGACAGGGGAAACCCAAAAUAAACUCAGGACUGCGUUUGGGAUCCAGACAGUGGGACUGAACUGAAAAUCGUCUGUUAGAUCCUCUGUGUCACACUAUCCUCUGCAUUCCAAGUCAGGAGCUUUCAGCCCCAAGUGUUAGUCCACCGCCUCUACAAACACAGCUGAUUCUGCUGCAGAUAUUAAAAUUCCCCGACUGUCUGGCCAGCUUUCAGGCAUUCACCCUGGGGCAUUUGACAAAUGCACCUCUGAUUUGCAAGAAGUCGAUCACCAGCAAGCUGAUACAACCGCUUCAGUUACUGUCAUCAUGCCAGGCCACAGACUAAUAUUCCUUCUUCCCAAAAGAAAUUUUUAGAAAGUUUUUAAAAACAACUUUUAUACUUUUUUAUAACGCAUUUUGCUAACUCAGUCUCUUGUUUGCCAGAUAUUAUUUACUGUAGAAGCUACUGCUCUGUCAUUGUGACCCCGCUGUUGCCGUCAGGAACUCAUCAUUCGGUGGAUCUUUUAGUUUUGGUGUGGUUGGGGGGACGCGAUGCAGCUGUCGGGACAGCGCUGCCAUUCUCAGCGUGGUUCAGCUCGCAGACAGGCGAAUAAACAUGCUUUAUUUGCAGCUAUUGGGGAUCUGCUGAGUGGAUUUCAGGGGCUUUGAACGUUCUGCUUUGGAACGAUUGAUUGUUGCUGUUAUUUCUGCCUCGGUCUUUUCACAUCUCCCUCGUGCACCAUAACCAUGUAUUUCAGAUUUGCCUUUUUUUCCAUCUGGUGUUAAUAAGCUGAUAUCCUGCUACCUUUUUGUAUUGUUUUGUUUUGGUUUUUUUUCCUAUUUUAUUUUCAACUAUUUACCUCAGUAAUUGGAAAACACUAAGAAAACAUUUUUGCACUUAAUUUCAUUUGAAGCUCUUGUUAAUGAAGAACUCUUAGAUAUAUUGCAAGAACAUAUUUGUAUUGAAAGAGGUACCUCUGAAUAAAUUUCUGGAGUACAAGGAAGUUACAGGUUUCUUCUUCAGUGCUAAGACAGGAUUUAAGAAAACUAGUUGGAAUUAAUUUUGUGAAACUCCUUGAGGUCUUUUUGCUAUUUAAAAGAUAGAGCCUCAGGAGUUAGUCUUUCAUUUGCAUUAAUGAAUUUAUUUUAAAGCCUUUGUACACUGCAUGAGGUAAUGGUUAAUCUUUUUUCAUCCUAGAAAUUUUUAAAAAAUGAAAAAAAAAAAAAGACAAACAUUUUGAUUAUGACAAAUUCAUUAGUGAGUUAUUUGGAUCUUUUUAUAUCUGAAACCCUUGCAAUGUUGACUGACAACUACUUAACGUUUUGGGACAUUUUCACAUGUAAGUACAGAAUGAAAAUUUCAAAUAAUUCCUUUGUUUCUGUUAAUGGGUUGCUUCUUACUAUAUCCCCCCCCUUUUACCAUGUUCAUGUAUUACAUUAAUGUCUGGAGACAAUAAAUCCAGUUUAGAAUAUUGUAUUCAUCA